AUGGAGAAGCCGAACAUGUGCAGAUCGACCUAUGAUCGAAGUCAUGAUACAUUUCGUAUUGAAUUUCCUAUUAUAAUAUCGGCGGUUUUAUCACUUAUAUGGAAUCAUGAAUUUUCAGUUUUGGAAAUUUUAUGGACAUUUUCAAUCUAUCUUGAAUCUGUUGCUGUUUUACCACAAUUAUUUAUGGUUAGCAGAACAGGCGAAGCUGAAACAAUUACAAGUCAUUAUUUAUUUGCAUUGGGUAUUUAUCGUUUUUUAUAUAUAUUAAAUUGGAUUUAUCGUUAUUAUACAGAAGGUUUUAUCGAUUGGAUAAGUAUUGUAUCGGGAUGUAUGUCUCAAGCAUCGACAAUAAUUACUGAUGUUCAUCCAGUACCAUCCACUGGACAAAAAGUCGACAAAAAUCAAGUAAAAAAGAAAAUAUCAAAUAAAAAUGAUCCAACAGCGACAAAUUAUUUAUCAUCAUCCACAAAUAUAAGCGCUGGUCAUCAUCUCUCCUAUUUAUUUCAAGCCGCUUACACUGCAUUAUUAACAAAUGGAAAUUUAAAUGUCGUGAGAAAUCUUAUAAAACAACUGAAUGUUCAUGCAAAACGAAAACAAUUACGUUUGCAAAUGAAUCGAGGACCAUUUCAGAAUAAAGGAAAUUUUGCAUACUUAAGACGAAAAGCACCACAAAAAGGACAACGACCUAUUUUAGCACCAAAUUAUCGUCUAAAUCAAUAUCAAUUUAAAUGUGCACUACCACAAACUCUCAGAAAUUAUGUAAAAGGAGGUGAUUCGGCAAGUGUGGGGUGCGAAGUUCCAUUGUAA